AAAGCUUAUACAUCAAAGCGGAUAACUUAAAGUUUUUUUGCUAAAAAAUGAGGAGUACAGCCUUUGGUGUCUUUGGCAUACUAUGUGCCAUCAUUGCUGAAAUGGCCGGCGAUAUUCUCAAUUGCGAUUAUUUUGAUACUGUCAAUCUAACAAAUAGUCUGAAAUUUACAAAUGGAUCAUAUCGAUACGAGGAUAUUAUAAUACCAAAAGAAAAAGUCGGGCAAUACAACUACCAGAUUUCAUAUGAUGGUGAACGAGAGCCAGUGCUCGAGCACACAAGGGGAUGUGCCUGUCAAAUUAAGUCAUGUGUUCGCUUUUGUUGUCAUCCCCAAAAGUUGCUCAUAUAUAAGGAACAACGCUGUGGAGACGUCAUUAGCAAUUUAAGCUAUAACUCAGUUUUGAAAAUAACAACGAACGACGGACUGGAGAUAGAGAAAAAUAUAUCGGAAUUUGUCGUUCAAAGGCAUCUUCCUGUGCCUUGCAGUGCCCAUAUAGCCCUUGAUCCCUCCGAUAAAAAUAACGCCUGGACUUUGUUUGAGAACGAGACGCUAUACCGUCGCCUCGAUGGCGCCAGAUUAUCCAAGCGCUAUUACUGCUUCCAGCCAACCAAGCUACCGGAUAAUCAGAUCGCCUUACUGCCUAAUUAUUGUAUGAACCCAAUUGACAGAACCAACGCCUACAAUUUUAAAUUCUAUAUGUCAGGUUAUAUCGGAUACUAUAUCGUGAUGGCAACUUUCAGUUGGCUCUCGAUAAUAAACUACAAUCUGUGGAAAACGUUUAACAACAUUGGCGUCGGUCGCAAAUCCCGCUUUCUGCGUUACAAUAUCGUAGUUUGGAGUGGUACUGCAGGCUUGGUUCUAGUUGCAUUUUUAAUUGAUCUUCUUAAUCCAUUUUUGGGAAUUCCGAUGGAUCUUACACCAGGAAUUGGUCUUUACGAGUGCUGGAUGAAUACAUUUACCUGGGCGGCGAUGUUCUAUUACUUUGGACCGAUGCUCUUUUUACUGCUAUGCAAUAUUACACUUUUUGUUAAAACGACAAAGAGAAUACUUGUGCAAAACAGGAAGAAUCGACGUCAACUAAAAUUGAUGGAGUGUCAGCGUACUUUAAGAAAUCUGACUAACUACAAAAUGUUUUUUCGACUAUUCAUAAUUACGGGCGUGAUCUGGAUUCUUGAGAUCUCAUCUUAUAUUUUCCAAUUUACGUCCAUAAAUGCUAUGUGGAUCACAGUUUUCGAUACAAUUACUUCUGGACAAGGUGUCAUCUUGUUCAUAGUAACUGUUUUAAAGAAGGACGUGCUGACCAAUCUAUUUGACCGAUUUAGACAUCAAAAGAUACAAACUGAUUCCACAAGAUCGAAUUCCACACAACUUGCAAUGACUGAAGUUUCACUGGUGCCAAAGACGUCGAUGACAUCUUCAAAAUAA